AAACCAUCAGUCUCAGGUAACCAUACGUUCGCGAUCUUUGAAAGUCAAGAUAUGGAACUACUCUGAAUUGUAUAGUCUGCAAAGCAUCUUAAUGGAAACACCACUGACCAACUUUUGUUAAGAAGACAAAUUAUGAAAUUUCAGUUUUAGACGUUGGAGGAAAACUUCUAAUAUAGGAAAACACAAGCAGCCAUGUAUGGACUGAAAAACGCAAUCCACAUGCAAGUCCCUGUGCGGGAAUCGAACUGGGGUCCAGAGAGGUGAAAUUAAGGCAGCAUGGACAGAAACAACUGAGCUAACCCGAACUCAAAAUAAUUAUCCGAUUUAGUGAGCUUGCUUUUGCUUAUUGAAGCUUGCUUUUGCUUCUUGAGCGGGAUUCAACUAGUUAUCAGACUGUUAAAGAGACUACACUGAAGAGAUUCUACGAACGGUGCAUCGUAAACCCGGUACGUUUUCCUUGGACAAGUCACAAUGUCUGACUCUAUUGGACGAAGUGACACUCCUCCUCUGCCAUAUCAGCUGGCUGGAGAUGGAAACCGUCGUGCCAAUGGGCCGAGACGAUCCAAACUAAGACGAGGGAAAGCUGUGUCUGCUAGGCGCAAGGCAGCACUCGUGAAUGUCAACUGGCUGCCGAUUGAUCCAGCCCCUCCAAAUGGAAUGAUGUCAUCAAACGGCUCAAACAGUUCACUGAACUCUUCUAGUGAGUUUUCAACCGAAGAUGACCUUCUGAAAGAUCCCUAUGCCUUGACUCUUCACUUCGUCACCGAUCCAGGAAGGAGCAUCAAAACCAAGAAUCUCAUCAAACCUCUCAUCAAAUGGUUUGACCCAUCUUUCAAACUGUUUAACAUUGCCGAACGGAGCAAACCAAACGGAUUUCAGGGGGAUCUGAAUGAGAUUGAGAGGGAUGUGUUCCCGGCCCUUUCUGUGAUGUUGUUUUUGAACCACGAUGGGGAAUCAACAGAAAAUAAAGUUGAAGAGACUCAAGAACACUUAACUCGGAAACCAUGGAGAUACCACCAUCAUGCAGCAACUCCUACUAAAGUCUAUCUCUGUGAACCAAACAAUCAAAACUUCUACACCACUGAGCAUGAAAUGCCGCUAUGGGGUGUGCGUCAGGUACACUACGGCAAUGAACACUUGCGAUUUAUGCUGUACACAAGCCGAGAUACUUGGCAUGAUAUGAUCAGAUUCUACUGCCUGCUCCUCGGUAGGGAUGUCGAAUAUCAAAAAGAUGAUUUCUGCUACUUUCUGAUUCACUCUACUGACAAUAAAACAGACGUUCAGUUUGCGCUGAAGCGAGCACCUAAAGACUGUACGUGUCGACCACUCAACUCUGCCUUCUUACAGUUUAAAGUUUUAGACAUUGGUGACUUGGUCCCUCUGAUGCCCCACUCUUGCUCCCCGAUCAGCCCCCAGAGGUGGCAGACAACGGACCCGGAUGGGAACGUCACUUUACUCCUAGUAGGUAGGAAGAACAUCAAUAAUAACGUGCCUAGAGUGAAGCCUCGCCGACACUCCAUCGACACACUACAAACUCUCAUCGCCCCUAAAGCAAUCAAACCACGAGUGGGGGCGCCCUUGCGUCAGAGAAGGGUGAGCGUCAUAUCACCGUCGCUGCCGUCGGUCACUGAUGAUGACGAAGAGGACCAGUUGUCUUGCUGAAUAUGAACGUUGAGGGCGCCUUUUAUGGUUUAUUAAUGAUGUCACCGAAUUUCAAUGUCUCAACUAUGUUACGGCUCUCCACAGAUCUCCCUGUGCCCUUAUAUGCAUGCAGUGAAGAGCCGUGGUUUGUACAAUGUGUGACUGGCAUCGUGCUCAUUUUUACGAAGUAGACAAACUUUAAGAAAUAUGUUCUCCAAAUUGUAGUACAGGUGUCCUAUAUUGAUAAAUAUUGGACGUACGGAACACUUCGUAGCAAAACUACAUAGCGUCGUUUCCAAAAAUAGAUGUAUACUACCUUCAAUCAUGUUUAUGUAAUUGCGACCAAUCAAACUAAUUGACUUUAUUGCUGUUUGUGCUCAAUUUUAUUCUCGAUAUACCGAUAAAAAAAGCUUUGACAAUCAUACAAUAACUCAUUUUAAAUGUUUGUGUUUUUAAAUUUAUUAUUAAAACCUUUGUGAAUGCAAGUUUGUUUUUAUUAUUAACAAUUGUAUUGUCUUCUUGGGGAUUCGGUUUACCUAUGAUCAUGCACAAAUAAAACUCUACAAACUCCCAGAUUGGACCCGGAUUUCGAGUCCUCCGAGUGGCCCAAUCCUUUUAUGAAGUGGUUAAAAGUGUUAUAGUAAGUGUGCGUAAGUUUGACCCACUUUGUGAUAUACUUUCUUUCUGACCCAGAAAUGGGUCAGGCACACGGGACCUGGAUCCGGGUUAAUUCUGAACCGGAAAAGUUUAGAGUCACGUUUAUCGGUGAUUAAUUUGUGAUCAACAUUUCCAACAUGUAACCUAGUUUGACAUUGUUUGCUGAUUAAGAAAGAUAUCAAUGUUUCGGCAAGUUAGAAGGAAGGGUAUCGGAUCGUUAAAGGAACACAUUGCCUUGGACCGGUUGAAACUGUUUGUUAUGAAUUGCAUAUGG